AAUGAAUAUUCCAAGCAAAUCAAGGAAUAUAGGUCAAUGGAAAAGCCUGGGAAGGCGCAUGGCAAGGUGUUUGUCAGAGUCGUUGGUGUUCGCGGGUUGCAAGUGCCUAUACCCCAGCAAGCCACAGCUCUUACAUGUACUUUGAACAACGGAAUCCAUUUUGUUACUACUCCAGAAACCCGUCUAUCCAGAGAUUCGCGCAUCGAUCAAGAGUUUGAGCUUAUCGAGCACAACAAGCUAGAGUUCACUCUAACCCUCAAGGUGCGCCGUGAUGCACAUAUCACCGCCCAAUCACAGGCUCUUGUGCCACCGCCUGCGCCACGUGUGCAGCCCCCAGCAGUCGCACCCAAGUCUAGGGGUGGCAUGCUUAGCUUCUUCUCGUCAACACCUAAAAAGCAACCUCGUGCGACUCCACCCCCUCCACCUGCCCCUCCUUAUAAACUCCCAGAUAAUCUCGCACGGUAUCUCAAACAGGAUGGAACCCUCGCACGUGCAUUGAUUUCAUUCAAAGAUGUGGCUGCGAGAUGCGAUACUCGGCUAUUCGAGACUAGUUAUCCACUAAUCGGACAGCGCAUCGAAGCUUCAGGGGGUCCAACUACCAUGGAGUUGGGAGAGAUCGUAUUGCAGAUGUUUAGACUUCCACCUCUACCUGGCGUUUUGAGCAAUCAGCUUCCACAGAGUCUUGAAGACUGUCAUCGAGGUUUAAGACACGUCGCCUGGCAUAAAGUCACGUACUUCGAGGGUACACUUACGCAGCAUGGAGGGGAUUGCAUGACAUGGCGGCGACGUCGUCUUCGGGUUAUUGGCGCGAAUCUUGUUGCAUUUAACGAUGUCACCAAGAAGGCAACGGCGACCAUCAACCUCAAGAAAGCCAUCGCAGUUGAGGACAACCAAGAUACGCGUACGGACGCUCUCAGUCCUGCUCGGUCAGUAAAUGAUUACGACGGGAUGAUCACAGUCGAGCGUUCCUUCCGUCUCGUAUUUCCUGGAAACCAAGAAAUAUUUUUCUUCGCAGACACGGAUGAUGAGAAGGCGAAGUGGCUUGAUGUGUUCCGUGCACUUGUCGGGCACAUCCCACCGAAUCCAUUAUGGGCAGAGUUAAUAUGGCAACGGCAGCAAGACAUGGCGAAACAGCCCUCUACACAAACUUCUUCGAAGACAGGUCCCCGAUAG